AUGCGCCAAGGUUCAAAGCGUUUCUCCAAGAUCCACAAAGCAGUCAGCGCUGGACAGCUUUCGCCGCCUGUGGACCUGAGGUACCUCAAAAAACCUCACGCUUCUGACUAUGGUGAGUGUCGGGCAGACAUAGUUUCAUUCUUGUCUGAAAUAUACACAUCAGUGGCUGAAACGCUCCCCGACUACCGGGACGACUCCUAUGACGUGGCCACAUCACUUGAACUGGUUAAGAAAUGUGACUGCGAGGAAGAUCCUUAUGGUGAUUUGGUGCCUGGCAAAGGACAGGACCUGGAAACCACGAAGAAGCCCAAGAACACGAAGCGGAGUGUUCAGAUCAAUCCAGGCCGUGUGGGAGUUGAUUCUGGCGGGGCAUAUGAGGAGAAAUGGUUACCACCAGGCUUGGAUCCGGAAAGCGUUUCGGACAAGUACUUCCGUUUGUCUGCAGCUGACCAGACCAAGCGUUGGAUGAAGGACAGGGAGUACGGGGCGCGCAUGCUGUACUUUCCGAACAAACUGGCAGCGCAAUGCCUUCCGUCAGGUGUUCCCCUAGUUAUUGCUGAGAAGAAGCCCAUUGCCCAGAAACAGGUUGAGGAGAUUUUGAAGCACACCCCUUUGUUGAGGAACCCCUUGUAUGGAAUGGACAAGGCUGCGGACGAUCUGGAGGCAUGGGUGACGGGACAUUUGAUGCCAGCGCCGCUGCUGGACGUAUCCGCGUGUGCUGUGGACACCAGAUCUGAUCUCCGGUUGUCAGACGAUGCGCCGUUGGCAGAGGAUUUUGAAGCCCAUGAAAAUGUUUUGGGGUUGCAAAGGCCGAAGGGAGUAGCGGCUGCGGUCACCAUGUACCGGAGGAAGGCAGAGUCUAAGGUCGUGUUGGACAUGGCAGCAAAGCUUUGGGUUCAGGGUGUUGCAUUCAAAGAGGCCCUGGAUAUUGCCAAAAGAGCCCAAAAACGAAUUUUAGAAAGAACACGUGGUUCUAAAGGGAAAGGCCGCGGGAAAGGCUGA